UCGGAACGCUCAUUUUGUGGUAGAGUCGCGUUUGGGAUCCAACUCCGAUCCGAGCGGAUUCAUUCCGAUUCCGAUUUCGAACCGUGCUGCUCCAAGCCCAAGCACACUCGGCCGUUGCUGCAGAUACGGAUACAGAUACAGCUGCAGGGCGCACACAUAUGUAGAUACUGUAGCUCAAGAGUGGAGUUCGGUUUUCACACACAAAAAAAACCAGCGCGUUUCGAUUUUUGGAUUUGGAUUCGUGUAUUCAGAUUCACAUGCAGAUUAAGAUUCAGAUUACAAUCUGUCCAGUGUGUUUCUUCAAAUUUAUAAAAAAGGGAAAAGAAAAUAUAUUAAAAAAAAAAUAUAUAUAUAACGAAAAUAAAAAAACGAGUGUGCAAAAAGAAUGUGGAGUGAUUUUUGUUGGUGUGUGUCAACGGUGUAGCCAGUAGUGUAUGAAUGAUCGUUCAUCGUUCUCAAGGGGAAAACGUGUCCCGAUACCGCGAAAAAUAACUGCAAUUGACUGCGAAUAGCCUUUCCCAGCCAGAAAUCAAGUCCCAGUCGCCUGAAAUCCACUAAAAAUCAACUCAAAAACCAACUCCAAAAAGUUGGCGCUGGUCAAAAAAAAUAAAAUAAAAUAAAAAAAAAUUCGAGCUACCCGCGGAUGGCAACAACAACUAGCCACGGCAACUACAACAACAUCUGAAGAAAACAACAACGCCAGCAACAACAACAACUAACCCAGCAAACGGCAUUCUUUCGCGCAACAACAAACAACCGUAGCCAACACACGGAGAGCGAUCGAGAGAGAGCGCCAGAGAGAGUGUAAAGCAGAGAGAUCGAACUCACACACACACACACACACACACACCCAGCGUUGGUAUGAGUGAAUUUUGAUUAAAACGUAGUGUGCUCUCCACCACCACCCCCACCCCACUCCGCUCUUCGGCAACAGCGCUGGAAUGCGGCCUGUUCGCUGCUGCUGACUGCGCAGUCGCGGCGUGCGUCGUCAAGAGGUCAGACAACAACAAAACCAACCAGCAGCAGAUACAACAUCAACAACAACAACACAAAAAAUAAGAUACAAAAAAAAAAAAAUUAAAACCGCAGCAAACGAAACGAAAUUUUACUGUUAGGCAUUUUUUCGAUAGCCAAUCGAUAGAUUUGUUAAAAAAAAAGUGUUCAAAGCAAGCAAAAGAAAUUUACAACAAAAAAUUCAGUGAAAAUUAAUAAAAAAACUCUAUUUUUGGAUUACGCGACCCAUCAGAUACAAAAACCAGCAACAAUGCCGAUCACUGCAGCGGCUGCCUAAGCAACGCAUUUCGAACGCGCGCGCUGUAUACGGAAAAUGAUGCAGCAUGCGAGCAUUUUGUACCGUCAGCGCGCCAUUGGAAGUAUGCGCGUCCUCCGCCGAGCAACUGUCACCAGGCUCGCGAUUCCUGGCCCUGAGACUUCUGGGGCAACAGCAGCCGAAAACAUUGUACUUCCUAGUCGAUGCCAAGAGUCGAGUUCGAGAGGUCUACACGCAGACAUGUCUACACUUUGCCACGCAAGGGAUGCUGGACACCGAACUCUUUGGUCUGGCUGUGCUCAUAGAUGGCGAGUACAUGUUCGCAGAUCCCGAGAGCAAGCUCUCCAAAUACGGCCCGAAGAGUUGGCGUUCCUCCCACACCCACGGCCUGGACGCCAAUGGACGACCCCUCCUGGAGCUACACUUCCGUGUGCAGUUCUACAUCGAGAGUCCGUUCAUGCUGAAAGAUGAGACGUCCCGCCACAACUACUACCUGCAGCUGCGCCACAACAUCCUGCAGCGCGACCUGCCCAAGGAGCAGGCCGAGCAGGCCCUGGUCUUCCUGGCCGGCUUGGCCCUGCAAGCGGAUCUGGGCGAUGCCCCGCCUGGUGGCAAGGACGAUUCGGGCGAAGAGGCUUCAUCGUCGGGCGGAGGCGGCGGACUGAGUUCCACCACAACGCUGCCCAAGAUCAGUAAGCGUGCCAACGAGCGGAUGCUUAGAUUAUCCACCUAUGUGGCAUCCACAUCGAAACGGGAUGCGACGGCACCACCUCCGCCGACAUUGCCGCCGAACGGAGCUGACUACUUCCGGAUCGAGGACUAUCUGCCGGGUGGACUGCACACGCCGUGGGCGCGGAGUGCGAUGAGGGCCUGCCACCGGGAACAUCUGGGUAUGGCCACCUCAAUGGCGGAACUGUUGUACAUCCAGCAGGCCUGCAGUCUCCACGAAACCAUCAACGCCCACACCUACAGGAUGAGGCUGGCCAAAAGCGAACCGGGCUCCGGCAGUGCCUGGUUCGUGGUCUAUGCGAAAGGUAUCAAGAUCCUGGGCGGGGACCCUAGCGGCACCACUUCCACAUCCUCUGCCACCGAACCCACCACUUUCCUUUGGCCAAAUAUUACGAAACUGUCGUUUGAGCGGAAAAAGUUCGAGAUCCGAAGCGGAGAGAGCAGGAUCACCCUCUACGCGGCUUCCGACGAGAAGAACAAGCUCCUGCUGACCCUCUGCAAGGACACUCACCAGUGGAGCAUGAAGCUGGCAGCCCGGCUCAAGGAGGUGUCUAAGCGGGAGGAGGAGGAGGCGGCAGAGUCCCAGAGACUACAUGCCAGCUACGCCUGUUCCCGGAGCCUUCUGCUGCCGUACAAGUCCAAGAACGAGCAGCGCAUCUCUGUCAUCUCGAGCACCAGUUCCAACACCACCUCCGGAAUCGUCAGUGACCGGGUUCACUCCGAAGAUGAGCUGGAGAUCAUGAUCAAUACUCCACCUGCUCCACUGGCCGCACCCUCGACGGAGAGCUUGGCCUUGGCCCAUCUCCUGGACAGGCCUAGUGUCAGUCGGCAGACCUCCAGUGUGGGUCAGAUGUCGCUUAAGGACCUGGAGGAGCAACUGGCGGCUUUGAGCGUGAGGCCAGCGGAGGUUAACAAUGCCAACAGCUCCCUGAGCAACUCUAUAACAGUCCAGAGAAGCUCCAUCGGGGGAGGAGGAGGUAGCACCGCGUUGGGAGGAUCAGGAAACGCCAACGACUCCUCAACAACCACCACAGACUCACCCAGUUCGCAGCACAACAUCGGCUCGCAGUGCUCCUCCACCUGCAGCACAGUGGUGGUCACCUCACCGGCCAGUACAGGUGCUGGUGGAUCCACCGCACCCGUGCCCGUGCACUCCACCUCCUCCAGCCUGGAGCUGGGCUUCAGUCACACCGCCCAGAACUCCGCGCUGAGUGAAACGAAUCCUGAGGACUUCAGAGAGGAAACUGAAAGUGUUUCGGGAGUAUCGGGAGUGUAUACACUGGCACAUGGUGCUCCGCCCACCGAAACAUCCGGAGUGUACACCAUGCACAGCAGCGAUCUAACCGGACAAUCUUCGGAGAUGGCGGAGUCGGAGAAGAGCUCCCACUACGGAAUGUUCCAGCCCUCCAAACUGGAGGAUAGUCAUGUACAGCACCCGGAUGGCAAUGGGGAUGGAAAGAAGCAGAGGGCCGAGUUUCGACUGCGUUCCGAUUCGAACAUCAGCACGGGAAGCUCCUUCCGGGGCGAUGGCAGUGACCCCACGGACAACAAGCACUCCUUGCUUUCCGCCGAUGAGCUGACCAAUCUGAUAGUGGGUCGCGGCACUUAUCCGAGCCGGAAGACGGUGUCCAGCAGCCUGCACUCGGACUGCGACUAUGUGACCCUGGAGCCGGAGAAGGAGGAGCACCAGGAACUGCCACCAGCACCACCGCCGCCGUACACAGCCCGGCACGAGAAGACGGGCUUGUGUGGUCCGCCGAUAGCCAAGCCGGUGGUGCCCAAGUCCAUAGCUGUGGCGAUUCCAAAGCCAGAGGUUAGUGCUCCUGCUCCGGCACUUCCAGUACUUCCAGUUCCUCCACCGGCAGUUCCCGCACUACGUCGACGGGAUCCUCCCCCGUAUCCCAGUUCCAGCAAGCCCAGGCCCACCUCCCUGAUAUCCGUGAGCUCGUCGGCCAAUCCGGCGCCCAGUGCUGCCGGAUCAAUGAGUUCCCUGAAGUCCGAGGAGGUGACCGCCAGGUUCAUUACAACCCGGCCACAGAUUAGUAUACUGAAGGCGCACACCAGCCUGAUUCCGGACGGAGCCAAGCCGAGUUAUGCGGCACCUCACCACUGCUCCUCGGCGGCCUCCUCCAGCGGCUCCGUCUGCAGUCACCAGUUGAGCCAGCAGUCCCUGCACAACUCCAACUACGCUGGCGGCUCCCAGGCCUCGUUGCACCACCACGCGCACCACCAUGUGCCGCCAGCCCAUCACAGACAUUCCGGAUCCGCUGCCAUCGGCAUACCCAUUGUUCCUUACGGACUGCACAAGAGUACGGCUUCGUUGCACCAUCAGACCCACCAGUCGUGCGUCCUGCUGCCGGUGAUCAAGCCCAGGCAGUUCCUGCCCCCGCCACCGCCCAGUUUGCCGCGCCAACCGCCGCCCCCUCCGCCAUCGAAUCAUCCACACUUGGCGGGGCAUCUGUACGGCCGCGAGCUGGCCCGGAAGCAGCUGGAGCUGUACCAGCAGCAACUGUUCAGCGAUGUGGACUAUGUCAUCUACCCCAUCCAAGAUCCGGCAGUCAGCCAACAGGAGUAUAUGGAUGCCAAGCAGGGUUCCCUACUGGCAGCCAUGGCCCAGGCGGCUCCACCGCCGCCCCACCAUCCGUAUCUGGCCAUGCAGGUGUCGCCGGCGAUUUACCGGAGCACCCCAUACCUCCCACUGGCCCUGUCCACGCAUUCGCGGUACGCCUCCACCCAGAAUCUAUCGGAUACGUAUGUCCAGUUGCCAGGACAUGCCGCUGGCUAUUCCCCCCUCUACUCGCCCUCCAUGGCCAGUCUCUGCUCCUCGUACGAGCCACCUCCACCGCCGCCGCUCCAUCCAGCGGCUCUGGCGGCGGCAGCAUCGGCGGCGGCAGCUUCCGGAGCACCUUCCGGUAAUUCCUCCUCCUCGAUGUUUGCACGAUCGCGAUCAGACGACAAUAUUCUGAAUUCGCUCGAUUCGCUGCCCAAGGGGAGACGCCUACCGCCCCCGCCACCACCCCCGUACGUCAACAGGCGACUCAAGAAGCCGCCCAUGCCGGCGCCCAGUGAAAAGCCCCCACCAAUUCCUUCGAAGCCGAGUCCUAGCACCACCUGCCUCCUGCCGCCUCGAAAACCGCCCACCUUGAAUCCCCACAACGCCAACUCGCCGCUGAUCAAGACCUCCAGUGGUGCCCAGUGGGCGGGUGAGCGCCCCAGGCCAGACAUGGGACUCGGACUGAGCCGCGGAAGCAACAGCAUCCUGGCCCAGCUACAGGCCUCGAUGGCCGCCGCCGGGUCACAGGCCCAGGCUCAUGCCCAGGCCCAGGCUCUGGAUAUUGCCCUGCUGCGCGAGAAGAGCAAGCACCUAGACCUGCCCCUCAUCUCAGCGCUCUGCAACGAUCGAUCCCUGCUGAAACAGACCAUGGUGAACCCAAAGACAGGUCAGGAGAUGCCCAUGCCACUGGCCAGUUCAAGCUCACCAUCCCAGCCCAGUCAGGCCACCACAACUAGUAACAACAGCUCGCCCGGCAAUGGCACCCUCAGCAAGUCCCGCAAAGGAUCCACCACAGUGAGUCACCGGCAUCCGCAGGACAAGCUGCCCCCACUGCCGGUCCAACAGCUGGCCGAGGCCAACAACUAUGUGAUGGAACCGGCGGUCAUGAUGAAGCAGCAACAGCAGCACAAGACCGGUUGAUAAAUCGCUAAGAAAACCGGAAACGGAAGUGGAAAGUGGAAAAUGUAAAAUGGACGAUGGACACUCUUCUCUCUAGUUCGAUAGCUGUUCGAUGUGCCCCCUGAUUGUGUUUUGUGAUGAGUUUUGUUGGCGUUCUCACAAAUAUUUGCAUAGAUCGCUAAAGUUGUAAGAAAAAACAAAUGAGAUUUCGAUCACAGUGUUUGGGAAAGUUAGAAAGUCAUUCGCUAGUGGGGGGACAGGACUCUUUGCAGAACAGCCAGAAAGGAC